GUCAAAUACAGAUAAAUAACUAAGUGCUCUUUAUUGGAAAUAACAUUAUUUUGUGAAUAAAAUCAUUUAAUUUGAUUGUUUCGUAAAAAUGUCGGAACGAAAGGUUUUAAAUAAAUAUUAUCCACCGGAUUUCGAUCCUUCGAAGAUACCUCGUAUGAAACUAGCGAAAAAUCGUCAAUACACAGUCCGACUUAUGGCUCCAUUUAACAUGCGAUGUGCUACAUGCGGUGAAUAUAUUUAUAAAGGCAAAAAGUUCAAUGCUAGGAAAGAGGACGUGGAGAAUGAAGAUUACCUCGGUAUUAGGAUAUAUAGGUUCUAUAUAAAAUGUACUCGUUGCUUGCAAGAAAUAUCAUUCAAAACAGAUCCAAAGAAUACCGAUUAUGAGAUAGAAGCUGGUGCUACAAGGAACUUUAUGGCAUUAAAACUUGCUGAAGAACAGGCCAAGCGUGAAGAAGAAGAGCAAAAAGAAGAAGAAGCCAAUAAUCCUAUGAAGCUAUUAGAAUACAGAACGGAGCAAUCACGACAAGAAAUUGAACAAUUGGAAAACCUUGAGGAAUUAAAGGAAUUAAACCGUAGACAGCAAGCAGUAGACUAUGAGGGUAUGUUAAGACAGUAUCAACCAGAAACAGUUGAAGAAAGAAAGGCAAGAGAAGAGAAAGAAGAUAAUGAUUUUAUAAAGUCAGUGAAAUUCAACAAUUGCUCUAAGAAAGUGGUUGCCGAAGAAAUAAUCGAAGAUGUUAUAGAUGAAGAUGAACCACCAUCAAAAUGUUCUAGAAUUGAAAGCUUAACACAAAAAACUUCGAAUAAGUCAGAUAGUAUAAAAAAACAUUCUUGGAAUAGGAGUGUCGGUGGAUUAAUAACGAAACCGGCUCUCGCGAACCUCGUGAAGAGUAAAAAACCAGAAAGUGCUGAAACCUCUAAAGUCACUACAGAAUCACUUUCAAAGAGUAAUAAUGCUACUGAAAGUAAUACGAAAAGCACAAAAGAUAAACCAGCGUCAGGGCUCUCAUUAUUAGCUGGGUAUUCGAGCAGUGACAGUUCAGAUUCAUAGUGACCGUUACUUAAGUUGUAAAGAAUCCCGUGGUUUUGGGACCAGGACAGGACACUGACUGAGUUAUUCAUUUGACAGGAUGAC